GCCCAGUUUGUAGAUGAUCACAGGGCAGAGCUGAUUCAGAGGGUCAGUCCGGUAGAGCCCAUUGCAGAUGUCAUGCUCUCAAAGGGACUGAUCCAUCCAGAGGUUAACUCUAACAUCCUGGCUGCCAGAACCAGCCAGGAGAAAAUGAGGGUGCUAUACGAAGCCAUGUCCACUCAAGCCCAGAAGGAGGCACUCUACAGCAUCCUGGAGAAGGACUAUUCUUGGGUCACUCAGGACAUCAGUAAGUAUCACAAGCUCUAUCGGCUCUGUCAGCUACCACUAAGCCAUAAGGUACCGUUAUCUCUCUGCACACAGUAUGCACACAAGACCUGGUUAGAAAACAGUUGUAUUUUGUAGUUUAUUUAUACCAACCUUUCAAAUACUAAAAGUUGUUGAAUAUAGGGAAUCAACUAAAGGCAAUUAUUUCCUUUGAUAUUCAAAUACAGGUCUCAGACGAUCUAAUAAUAUGUGAAAGUAUAUUGAAUACCUCUCAGAAAAACAAAUAAUAUUUUAAGGUAUUUAAGUUAUUUGAAAACAAAAAAAAAAAUUAUUUGAUGGCUGCCAAGUACUGUAUUUGAUGAAGAAUGAAAAAAGAACAGUUAGUUGAAUUAGUCUAAAUAUAAGAUCAUUAGCAUAUGGUUUGGAGGGCUUUAAGUAAUUAAAAAAUUACUUUGUGGUUACUAAAAUAGCAACGUUGUUACCUAUAGACUUUAGAAACCUGGGGCCUGUUUAGGAGAAUGGACAUUUACAGAAUGUUCAGAUAUAAAUGUAUUGUGUAGAUCAAAUAUGAUCCAGAUGGAUUGGAAUAGUAUAGGAAAUUGUGUGUGAGUUCCAGAUACAGUCCUGCCAUUAGUUUUAAAAAGGUAGUCACUUUCUGUGAUCUGUAUUCAAAUAGUUUUAAAAAGUAGUAAUUUUUGGCAUCAGUAUUCAAAUAGUUGUUGUCACCUCCAAAGUAAUUAUUAAGUUACUUUCCCCAAAUAGUUACUUUCCACAAUGCAUAUUUAAAACUAUAAUUAUCGCAGGUCUACUUGACAAUGUACUAAACAGUUGAGCUAUACAAAAGGAUCUGUCACGAACUCUGAUGCGGAUGUGGUGCGAAUCAAUUGCAGGACACAGGAGCUAAGUCAAUCCAGACUUUACUUGUAAAUCCAAAAAUAACAACACGGGUCAAACAACCCGGAGGCGAACAAUACGCCACAGUGCGAAAACACUCCAAAACCGAACUGCGCACAAAACAAUAGUGCGACGGUACACAAAGAGCGACUGGCAAACAGCACUGCACCAAACGACAGAAGAAACCACCAUAACUGGACCAAGCAGCGUGUCCAGGAGCCAACGCCAGAGAGGACUUGGAAGCAGAAGAGAGAGAGUUGGGCGAGAACUAUGGAGGCCUGGUCCACGAGGAGGAGAGACACACAGAACAUUUUUAGGGGGGGGGGCUCACGCCGUGGACGACGGGGCAGCAGGAGGCCGCGAUAGAGCGGUUAGUAGAGGAGGCCGCCAGGUUACGGGGGCCACUGGUCACAAAAGGGGAGGAAAGUGUAGAGGCACGGCGAGAGGUACUGGGGUGUGUUACCAGUCCGGUCCGGCCCGUUCCUGAUCCCCGCGUAGGGCCAGUGGUGUGUGUCCCCAGUACGGUCCGGCCUGUUCCUGUCCCUCAUACCGAGCCUGUGGUGCGCGUCGCCAGCCCGGUCCGGCCUGUUCCUGCUCCCCGCACCCAGCCAGUGGUGCGCUGCGUCAGCCCAGCUCGGCCCGUUCCUGCUCGCCGCACCAAGUCAGCCCGGUCCGGCCCGCUCCUGCUCCCCGCACCAAGUCAGUGGUGCGUUUCGUCAGCCCAGCUCGGCCCGUUCCUGCUCCCCGCACCAAGUCAGUGGUGCGCUUCGUCAGCCCGGCUCGGCCCGUUCCUGCUCCCCGCACCAAGUCAGUGGUGCACCUCGUCAGCCCGGUCCGGCCCGCUCCUGCUCCCCGCACCAAGUCAGUGGUGCGUUUCGUCAGCCCGGCUCGGCCCGUUCCUGCUCCCCACACCAAGCCAGUAGUGUGCGUCGUCAGUACGGCACAGCCCGUGCCUGUUCCACCGUUGCCUGGGUCGGCACGGGUCAGCUGCGUCACGCCGGAGCUAGAGCAAUCCGCUCCACCAGUGUUCAGUUCAGCUCCGGUCAGCAGGGCCAGACCGGACCAGGGGUACUUUGGGGGGUUAGAGAAGGAGUUGGGGUCAUGUCCGGAGCCGGAUACGCCGCCGAGGCGGAGUGCCCACCCCGGUCCCUCCCCUGUUGUGUUUGGUUGGCGCGGUCGGAGUCCGCGCCUUUGGGGUGGGGGUACUGUCACGCCCUGGCUCUGGGGACUCUCGUAUGUUGAGCCAGGGUGUUAAUUUCUAGGUUUUGUAAUUCUAUGUUGGCCAGGGUGGCUCCCAAUCAGAAACGGCUGUAGCUCGUUGUCUCUGAUUGGGAGCCAUACUUAGGUAGCCGUUAGGCAUUCAUUUGGUGUGGUUUCUUGUUCCGUGUUGGUUGGUGUAUGUAACCAGGGACGUCACGUUAUCGUUUUGUUGUUUUGUUCGUGUGAUCAUUAUUUAAUAAAUAUGUUCGCAUUCCACGCUGCGCCUUGGUCCUCUGUUCCCGACGAUCGUGACAGGAUCCAAUUCGAUAGCACCAUUGGUGACAUUUUAAGCUAUCUGUGGAGUGAGCUUACGGCACAUUCUUAUCUCCGUCAAAGAUGGUGGAUAAAUGAAGAUGUCCCACUCAGGCCGUUUACCAUUGAAGAAAGGGGGUGGAUGUCCCAUUGACACCAAUGCAUUAGCAGCUGGGUCUGGUCUACUUAGUUCAUUGACUCUAUAUGACCGUGGAACAAUUUGACAAAUUAUACAUAUAUAUACAGUACCAGUCAAAAGUUCGGACACACCUACUAAUUCCAGGGUUUUUCUUUAUUUUUACUAUUUUCUACAUUGUAAAAUAAUAGUGAAGACAUCAAAACUAUGAAAUAACACAUAUGGAAUCAUGCAGUAACAAAAAAAAGUGUUAAACAAAUCAAAAUAUAUUUUAUAUUUGAGAUUCUUCAAAGUAGCCACCCAUUGCCUUGAUGACAGCUUUGCACACUCUUGGCAUUCUCUCAACCAGCUUCAUGAGUUACCUGGAAUGCAUUUCAAUUAACAGGUGUGCCUUGUUAAAAGUUAAAUUGUGGAAUUUCUUUCCUUCUUAAUGCGUUUGAGCCAAUCAGGUGUGUUGUGACAGGUUAGGGGUGGUAUACAGAAGAUAGCCCUAUUUGGUAAAAGACCAAGUCCAUAUUAUGGCAAGAACAGCUCAAAUAAGCAAAGAGAAACGACAGUCCAUCAUUACUUUAAGACAUGAAGGUCAGUCAAUCCGGAAAAUGUCAAGAACUUUGAAAGUUUCUUUAAGUGCAGUCGCAAAAACCAUCAAGCGCUAUGAUGAAACUGGCUCUCAUGAGGACCGCCACAGGAAAAGAAGACCCAGAGUUACCUCUGCUGCAGAGGAUAAGUUCAUUAGAGCUACCAGCCUCAGAAAUUGCAGCACAAAUAAAUGCCCCACAGAGUUCAAGUACAGACACAUCUCAACAUCAACUGUUCAGAGGGGACUGUAUGAAUCAGGCCUUCAUGGUCGAAUUGCUGCAAAGAAACCACUACUAAAGGACACCAAUAAGAAGAAGAGACUUGAUUGGGCCAAGAAAGACAAGCAAUGGACAUUAGUCCGGUGGAAAUCUAUCCUUUGGUCUGAUGAGUCCAAAUUUGAGAUUUUUGGUUCCAACCGCCGUGUCUUUAUGAGACGCAGAGUAGGUGAACGGAUGAUCUCUGCUUGUGUGGUUCCCACCGUGCAGCAUGGAGGAGGAGGUGUGAUGGUGUGGGGGUGCUUUGCUGGUGACACCGUCUGUGAUUUAUUUAGAAUUCAAGGCACACUUAACCAGCAUGGCUACCACAGCAUUCUGCAGCGAUAUGCCAUCCCAUCUGGUUUGCGCUUAGUGGGACUAUCAUUUAUUUUUCAACAGGAGAAUGACCCAAAUCACACCUCCAGGCUGUGUAAGGGCUAUUUGACCAAGACGGAGAGUGAUGGAGUCUCCACAAUCACCCGAACUCAACCCAAUUGAGAUGGUAUGGGAUGAGUUGGACCGUAGAGUGAAGGAAAAGCAGCCAACAACUGCUCAGCUAAUGUGGGAACACCUUCAAGAGUGUUGGAAAAGCAUUCCAGGUGAAGCUGUACUCCUGAGUGGCGCAGUGGUCUAAGGCACUGCUUCGCAGUGCUAACUGUGCCACUAGAUCCUGGUUCGAAUCCAGGCUCUGUCGCAGCCGGCCGCGACCGGGAGACUCAUGGGCGGCGCACAAUUGGCCCAGCGUCGUCCAGGGUAGGGGAGGGAAUGGCCGGCAGGGAUGUAGCUCAGUUGAUAGAACAUGGCGUUUGCAACGCCAGGGUUGUGGGUUCGAUUCCCACGGGGGGCCAGUGUAAAAAAAAAAAAAAUGUAUUCACUAACUGUAAGUCGCUCUGGAUAAGAGCGUCUGCUAAAUGACUAAAAUGUAAAUGUAAGCUUGUUGAGAGAAUGCCAAGAGUGUGCAAAGCUGUCAUCAAGGCAAAGGGUGGCUACUUGGAAGAAUCUAAAAUAUUUUUUGAUUUGUUUACUACAUGGUUACUACAUGAUUCCAUAUGUGUUAUGUCAUAGUUUUGAUGUCUUCACUAUUAUUCUACAAUGUAGAAAAUAGUAAAAAUAAAGAAAAACCCUUGAAUGAGUAGGUGUGUCCAAACUUUUGACUGGUACUGUAUAUAUCAUUUUUUAUUUUAUUUUUUGGAACUCAGUCUGGGUCUCAACUUACUGGUGAGCGUUAGAAUAAUAGAAUACACAAGGUGCAAUUUCGAAAUUUGGUUGUGCAUCAGCAGUCACUAAAUUAGCCCAUGUAAUCAUAUAUUUUUUAGAUUGGUAAGUUAGUCUAGCGGCCAGCUAUCUAAACUUGUAGUAAGCAUGGUCAAAUUACUGACUGGGGUGGGGCCCAUUAAAAACUGCAUCCACCCUAUGGCAAAAUGUGUAGAAUUGCAGGAAAUUAGCUGUAAAACUGAAAAUGUUUCUCUCUGCUCCAUGGCAAAAUGAGUAGAAUUGCAUGAAUUGAGUUAUACAAUUGGUGGCAUGAAUCAUGCGAACUGAUAUGAAAAUAUAAAUGCAUUUAUCAUUUUCAUAUUCCUAUUUAGUAUUGAAGCAUUUCAUUUAACACAACAAUGCAAUAUGUGCGAACCUGACAGUUCAGCCCGAUGAACGAAUCACUCUAAAAAGGUAUGUGUAGCUAGGUGUAGCCUACGACUCAUACUGAUAACCAGCUCAGUACAAUCUGGCUUGACUGACUGGUAAAAUGUACUGACAGGUGACAGGUACUCCGAUGUUAAGAUCGUAAAAUCGUUUAGUGUUCAGGGGGCCUAAACUUUGUAGUAAUCAUGGCUUGAUUACCGACCGGGCAUGCAGGGCACGCACUUAGGGGCCCUGAUUUCCGGGGCCCCCAAUGAUUUUGUUAGUCACUCAAAGUGAGAUCUCAUAUGAACAUAGCGCAUGACAAAAUGUGUGGAAUUGCAGGAAAUUAGCUUUAAAACUGCACAUGUAUCUCCCCUGCCAAAAAGAGGGCCUUUAAAAUGUUUUGCCUGCAAGGCAAAAUCUCGCUUAGGGCCCCCAAAAGGCAAGGCCCGGCCCUGGAUAGAGAGAACAGAACCUAAUGUAUAAAAAUACAACUCCACAUCUACUGUAAACAUUGAACCACCGGGAAAUACAUCACUAUUACAAUGCAUUAAACAGUUUGGUCUCAGAUAACAUGGAGUAGCCUACUGUAUGAGUAAGGCAGUCAUUUCAAGUGCAUUCAUUUUUCAAAUAUGGUGUGUUCUUUCUAUUAAAACAGAUAGAAUGAGGAUAUUUCCGCUGGGAAAAACUGGUGCUGGGAGGAGUGCAUCAGGAAACACAAUCCUUGGUGAGGGAUAUUUUCAUUCUGAGUCUAACUUCUCUGUAACACGUAAAACAGAAAUUAAAAUGGCAAAAUGCAGCCAGGAGAUGCAGCCAGGGCUAAGUUAGAGUCAGAAUUCAUUACAAACAUUUCAAAUGAAUAAAUGAGAAGUUGGUGAGUGUUAAAUUAUAAUUAUCAGUAAUUGUCAGUAUAAUUGUAAGUGUGUAGAAACAGCUUUGUAUGGUCUGCCUGUAUAUAUAUAUAUAUAUAUAUAUAUAUAUAUAUAUAUAUAUAUAUAUAUAUAAUUAUUUCCUGAUGUUAUAUUUUUUUUAAUGAAAGAGAUAUUUCAAUUGUGUCAAAAUAAUAAUCGUAGCAGGUAAUGUCAGUGGGAAAAUGUAUCUUUUGGGGGGUAGGGGCCGGGAGUGCACCUGAACAGCAUUUUAAAACAGGCACCCAAGUUGCAAAGUGUGCUCUUGCAUUUAUAUUUGUAUAUCUUUAUAGUGGAAGGACAGAGACAAGAGAGAAUGGCAAUCGGCAUGGGCCAUAUUGAGGAGGAGAUGAACAAUACCAGAGUGCUGCAGCUGAAACAGAAUACUGUUGAGCGAGUACCAGAGGGACUAUCAAGGAAGUCAGGUAAGCAGGUAGAACUAUAUGCAGAAUGGAACACACAUACUAAAUAGGCAAUGUCAAGAAAUCAAUGAUGAUAGACUAUUAUAUUAAAACUACAAUCAGAAAUUAAACAUAAAAUUGAAUAACAAUAUAAAACUGCUGGGAAAUACCUGAGGAGUUCAGGUAGGCAGGUGGAACUGUAGAAUGCAGAAUACAAUACAUUUUACAUUUACAUUUUUGGCAUUUAGCAGACGCUCUUAUCCAGAGCGACUUACAGUUAGUGAGUGCAUACAUUUUCAUACACUGGGCAAUAUCAAGAUAUCAAUGUAUGAAAAAAUGAAAGGUGACAAAAACGUGCAUUUUCAAGUAGUAUCAACAUUACAAAGUUGACGUUAACAUGGCGGGUUAGCUACUUAGCUUUGUGGCACAACAGAUUGCAAAUAUUCUGAUCCUGACCUAAUGUUAUCUUCAUAAAAACAUCUCAGUAAAAUAUUUCUGUCUUUUGUCAUUGAUAUUCUGUGUCUAACAACAUUCCCCCUUCAAGCAAUUAAUCUCUGUUAAAGCAAACACAGAGUUCCUGCCCGACUACAUUGCAGACGUUGCAUUGCAUCAACUAAUUGUUGCAUGCCACGUCAUAAAUAAUAAAUAAAUAAUAAUAAUACGUCAUCGACUGUGUAGUUGGGCAUCAAAUGGCUAUAUCAUAUGAUGUGGAUAGCUGAUAUGUUAAAUACCUAUCCAGGCGUUGUAAAAUCUGGCACCAAUGUAGUCGGGCAGGAAACCAUAGAGACUGCUGAUGAUAAGUCCCAAAGAGAAAAAACAUCUACAUGAAUUCAAUAUAUUUAUGUCCAUGACUUGCAAAUUAUACAUAAAUGCCCUUGAAUGUAAUUUAGUCUAAACCUUGAUUCAUGAAAUAAUAAAGUUUGUUUUGAUCACAUUCAGCAACAUUCCACGUUAGAGUGAAUGGACUGAGAGGGGAGAUAAUGGAAAUCGACGUGGGCCAUUCAGAGGAGGAGAUGAACAAUACCACAGUGCUGCAGCUGAAACAGAAAAUUGUCCAGAGACUACCAGGCUGGGACAUAGGUAGGCAGGUUGAACUCUACAAUACAGAAUAGAACAUACAUACUGUACAUAAUGAUAUUUAUGGAAUGUUAUGGUUUAUCACUAGGGAAACAAGGGAACUCCAACAUAUUGAUUAACAUUGUCAUAAACAGUUGAUAAUAACAAUGGUAGGAAUGUGUGUACCACCUUAUUAACGACAAUCGUACACUGAACUCUCACCUCUUUAUGCAGAUACUCUGACGAUGAGAUACACAUACAAGACUCUGGAAGACUCACGCCUGCUCUCCUGUUAUGGAAUCCAGGACAAAUCUCUCAUUAAUCUAGUGCUUGACAAAUAUAGAGAAUAG